CCGCGCGCGGAUAAAUCGCGGUGUGCCGCGCGCGGUGGCCGAUGAAGAAAAAUAGUAAAACAAAAAUAUAAUUUCCGUUCUUUAAUUACGUACGAGAUUAAAUUGAAAAAUCUUGGAAAACGUGUGGAGCACUGUUACAUUCGAUAUAUCGAUCUCUCACAUUGGAGCCAUCGACUAUCAUCGAUCGAGUAGCAACGACUGUCGAUAUACUGUCGAUAACCUACCUCACGCAAGAGAGUAGACAGAAUGGAGAGACUAAUCUGCAAAUUGUCACACAAGUGACACUCGCCGCCCGACGAUUGAUUCCAAUGUGCGCGUGAGCUUUUGUAUCUUUGUAAAACAAACCGGCAAUUGUCUGUCGAGUUCCUGACUCGCGCGCGCCACACCCGGAAGAUAAAUGCGCCUGAUAGGAGGGAGUGUCCGGGCCGCGAAGAGGCUUCUUGGAGUUAUAAAAGGGUUCAGCGUUUGCUAGCGCAAGAGAAAACGACCGAGGGAAGUAAAACGAGAGGAAGAGAAACAUUGACGAGGGCACACCGUGACUCCACGUCGCGACUAUUCGAGAGAAAAAUGACCGUUAUGGAUUUUUUUGGUUGCGCCUGUCUGGCCUUUGGCCCACCACUAGCCAUGUUUACGUUCACCAUCGCCGUCGAUCCUAUCAGGAUAAUCAUACUGAUUGCCAGCGCCUUCUUCUGGCUCAUCUCCUUGCUGCUGUCGUCGGUGCUCUGGUACGCCGUCGUCCCGCUGCAAGAACAUCUCGCAUUCGGCUUGGUCUUCUCUGUGCUCUUCCAGGAAGGUUUCAGGUAUCUGUUGUACUGGGUGCUGCGUAAAGCCGAAAGGGGUUUAGAGAAGGUCACAACGACACAUGUCGCUGAUAGCAGACAUGUAUUCGCUUACGUUUGCGGCUUAGGUUUCGGCUUCAUGAGCGGCGCUUUUGCUUUAGUCAACGUUCUCGCCGACGCGGUCGGGCCUGGUACCAUGGGACUCCGGCAGGGUAGCGAAUACUUCUUCAUAAUAUCGGCCGCCACCACUCUGUGUUUCAUUCUCCUGCACACGUUCUGGGGCGUCAUCUUCUUUUCCGCCCUGGAUAAGAAAAAUUGGGGACAAAUCGUCUGGGUGGUGGGAUCGCAUCUGGUUGUCUCGUGUAUGACCUUGCUCAAUCGUUAUCAGGCGUACGCGGCCAGUCUAUUAUCCGCUUACAUAGUACUGGUAAUAACGACUACACUUGCGUUCAGGAUUGCCGGCGGACGGACGCAGUCUUUAAUUCUCUGUUUUCAAAGAAACUGAGAACUUAUAAAGGUUACUUAAUAAUACUUUUAACAUUUAAGAAAUUCAUCUCUGAUACAUAAUAACAAAUAUAUAAUUUCCCUUUUAACGCUAAGAAAAUCUUUGUUGCUCUAUUAUGUACACGUAGAAAUGAUACAUUCAAUGAUCAGGAUACUUUUUUCAUUCGGAUUAUUAAGCAGGAUACAAAGUAUAAAUACGUAAUAUUACUCAUUUUGUAUGGCGAAAUGUACUCCAUUGAAUUCAACGAUGUGUAAUAUAUCUGAUAUGUACGUUGGCCAAAUUGAUGGAGGAACAGAUUUCAUUCUAUAUAUAUGUAUAGUAUUAUUUUGAAAUUAAUAUUUUUCGAAACAUCUCUCGAUGUGAAAGCCCUAAAUUAUUUCCCUUGUAAAAGGCUCUAGCACAAGAUAAUUAUGAUCAAGUUGCUAGUCCGUCCCUUAAUCCAUCGAAACAAUUAUAUGGAACAGAAUAAUCUGUAAUAAUCCAGUUUUGAUCCAAAUAGUUGAAGUGUAUAUUAUCCCUUUACAUCUAAGGCUCUCUCUUGGUUUUUUUUAUUGCAACCAUGCUGAAUCAUGACGUCAGAAGCGAGGGAAUUAUAUGAAUUUUCUUUGUUGCGUUAUAUAUUAAAAUAAAUGUCACUUUUCAUUACACACGUUUAAUAAUAGAUAUAAAAGAUUCUCUUCAGCCCAUAAUAAAUUGCUAUAAAGUCAUCUAUUAUAAAAUUUAGCUUGGAAUAGAAUGGUGCACAUAUCUAAUUGUAUAUACACACUCUAAUGCAGGACAAUAAAAGAAGUUUUUUUCGGCAUAUUUUAUCAAUCUAUAUUACAAUGUAUGCAAUGCAAGAAAAUUCAUAUGAUUUUUCGCUUCAAUCAUAAUUUAAUAUGGCUGCAGAGAGAAAUUAUAAAAAAGAAGAAAAAAUCUAAAAUGUAUGCAUCAGUGCGCUCAUACGUGUGUAUGUAUAUAAGUAUGCGUCUAUAUAAUGUUAUAAUUAUUGUAUCAAACGAGGUGUAUAUUUGUGCAUCAAAUUUGCGCCUUAAAAAAUGGAUUCCUUGAGUAGGUUAAACAAAAAAAAACCGAUAAAGUUUAAGGAAUUGUUCGUUACUUUUUUGUAUGCAAAAAGAGAAUCGCUUUACUGACGAUUACACUUAAGACAAUUACUGUAACAUGUAUCUCUUGACAUUAAUUUAAUUUUACACUUAUCACACAUCUCGCAAUCAUUUAUUAAUCAAAUCAUAUUGCAUUUCGUAUGACAUUGAAAUGAAAAAAAUUUUUGUAAAAUACUAGCUGUAUAAAUUACUGUUAUUGCUCUUUAACUGUAAAACUAUAUAUACUACAGUUUCAUGUAAUGUAAUACAUAUAACAAUAACUUGAGUUACGUUACUAGUUCACUAUGAAGAUAAAUUUAUAAUGAAUUUUAUGAUUUUUUUUCUUACAAAUUUAAAGUAUGCUGAAAUUUCGCAUUUAUAUAUUUCACGUAUUUGAAUUAUUAAUUUUUAUCAAUACGGCAUCUCUAUGAUGAAUAAUUGACAUAAUCCCAAAUAAUCCUAAAUCACAGUCUUAAAUUAAAUAGCAGUAAGUAAAAUUUUUUAAUAAUUAUUAGAGGAGAUAAGGAAUGAUUAAAUAUUUGUACAAAACUGCUUCGUUUCUCGAUAAAAUCAAAAGAUAUUUUAUCAAUAAAUCGUCUUGUAUUUUCUCGAUAA